AUGGCAGAUGUUCUAAAUGAAGAACAGAUUGUGGAGUUCCAGGAGGCCUUCAGUCUAUUUGACAAAGAUGGAGACGGUUGUAUUACCAUUGAAGAAUUGGCUACAGUAAUCAGGUCUUUGGAUCAAAAUCCUACUGAGGAAGAACUCCAUGACAUGAUCAAUGAAGUCGAUUCCGAUGGAAAUGGGACCAUAGAAUUCUCAGAAUUCUUGAGCCUUAUGGCCAACAAAAUGAAGGAAACUGAUGCAGAGGAGGAGCUCAAAGAAGCUUUCAAAGUGUUUGACAAGGAUCAAAAUGGUUACAUAUCAGCUACCGAGCUAAGGCACGUGAUGAUCAAUCUUGGGGAAAAAUUAACAGAUGAAGAGGUAGAACAGAUGAUAAGAGAGGCUGAUUUGGAUGGUGAUGGACAAGUCUGUUUUGAUGAAUUUGUUAAGAUGAUGAUGGCUAUUGGAUAG